UGAUAUCAUGCCACCGAAGAAAGGUAAGAGCAAAAACCCCGGCAAAAAGCCGAAAAAAGUAGAAAACUUAACACCGAAAGAAGCCAUUCUUGAUUACCAAAUAGGUAAUCUCCGGGAUGUGCUUUCUAGGCUGAAGUUUAAGAGAGAAACACUUAAAAAUAUGCUUAUGGAGAAGUUGCAGAUUCUCAACACACUUAAACUGGAAGGCGAAAAAAUGCUCAAAGAUACUUUAUUGAAAGUUUCAAAAGUUUCAAUAUCUGAUGACACUACUAUGUCAGGUGACGACGUGAAAAAUUACUUGCUUGAGACGUGGAAGAUAAGAGAUUUGGAGGAAAAUGAAGUUAACAAAAUUCAAGAUGAAAUCAAAUUAACACAGAAUCUUACAAAAGAUGUUAUUUUGGAGCUCAAACAAUGGCAAGUGUAUUCUGAUGUAACGAAGAAAUCAAAUGAACUACGUAUCCAAAUGUUAGAAACAGAGUAUACUAAUAUGAAGCAACGUUUUGAAUCAAUGGUAGAAUAUUUGACCAAAGAGGAGAACCAGAGUUAUUUGAAUGUUCAAACAAAUAUUGAGUGUUCGUCGGAGCACAUUAGAAACUCAGUAAUUGAAAAUGCUAUCGACACAUUAAAUAAAUUAUUUUCGCAACAAAUGCUCCAAAACAAAUGGUUGAAAAUCGAAAAAGAAUCACUUGAUGAAAAGAUGGAACGCAUCGUGAAUGAAAUUGGAAAUCUUCAGAGAGAAAACAUAGCUGCUGUAGAAGACAUUUUCCACGUUAACUUCACACAUAUGUUGAUACCUUCAUCUUUUUGCGACAUUCAGGUUACUGAUGCAGAUGAUUUACAUAAAAGUACUAUUCUCGACCUAAAACUAGACCAGGAUGUGUUUGGUAUUGAAAGUCAUACAGCCUUGAAAAACUUUGAAAAUAAAACCUACCAAAAUAGAAGACACCUAAAUACUAUAAACGAAAGACUGCUUACUUCUAUCUGUAAUCCUGAUCUAAAGAUUCUUCAUAGAUUAAACGAAGAUGAGACAUCAAAUCAAACUGCCGAAUUAGAAAACCUCACAGCCUUUGGACCACUUGGGAAAAAUUUAUGCUUCCUCCAAGGUCUUUCCGCUAAGAUCGAUCAACAGAGUAACUCAUGUUCAGCUGAGCUUCAAGCCCAACUCAAGUUUAACCCAGAACUCGGCAACUGGCCUGUGAAUAGAGGCAUGUUUCUCAAAUAUCUAUCAGAUCACAAAUGAAAUAGUAAUUCAAACAUUUUGGUAGAAUGUCAUGAUCUCCUAAGUAAAAUGGUAAGUAGUCACCACUCUAAGUGAAUGGAUAUUGUUCAAUUAUCAUAUCGGCAUGAUCAGUUUACCCGUAGUCUGUUGAAGCGUAAAUCAGCAUUACUGUAUAAAAUGCCCUGUAAAAACAUUCCAAAUAUGUGGACCAUAUCGCAACCUUUGAAUACAAACUUUCUUAUUCACUUCAUUUCUGUUUAUAACUUUUCUUUUUGUCUUCAUGCAAAUUUUUGUUACUCCUUGGCAUUACCCACAUCAUAUAAAAGCUUAACAUAGGAUCACCAAGACAAUUCUCACAGGCUUGUGUAAACUAGUACUAAAAUUGUAAUUUGAGUUUGUGUUGCAUUCCUUCACAUGUUCAUUUAUGUGCACCUUCCUUCUGAAGCUAAAAAUUUUAUAACAUUAACUACCUAGCCACCGUUUUAGCUUUUAGAAUUCAUGAAUUUUGUCUAAUUGUGUUCGUAACUCUACUCUUUCAAAAUCCAUUCUAGAACUUGCUUAUAUGUGAGGACAGGUACACUCUUAUAAGAUAACAGCAGUCCUUUUUAAAUCAGCUUUAACCAACUCGAAACUUGAAACAAAUUUUC